UUGAAGCUGUAUCUUAGCAUACUCAGGCGCUGGUUCGCUCUACAAUAUCUGCUCUGGACAUGACGCCUAGGGGUUUCUAUUACACCGCAGCCCGUCCGUCACUCUAUCAGCUAUCUCUGUUUUUUUUCUUGGUCUGCUGAUUAAGUACGUAUCUCGCUCGUUCCUGAUGGAAGUUGUACAUAAAGGCAUCGCAGCCGUUCAGACUUCCCUUGACUCCUCUUUGUCCGUCGAUAAUCCAACUUCCCUCGUCACCUGUUGCACAACAUGUUGGCUGGCAACGAAGCCUUUCGAAGCAUCCCCAAUCAUGGCUCCCACCUGACCUGGUGGGAGAAUGAUGGCCUUCGACAACUCAACUUGUUACUCGGAACUAUCUUCUUAGCUCAGUUUUUGAACGGUUACGAUGCUUCUCUUGUCAGUGGCUUCCAGUCCAUGAAGCCUUGGUUGAAAAAUCUUGGGAAUCCCGACUCUAACCACAUCGGUCUGCUGAAUGCCGCGAUGUACUUGGCCGGGUUAUGUACUGCCCCCUUUGCUGCUUUCAUUGCUGAUCGCUGGGGACGCAAAUGGUGCAUACGGUACUCUUCCGUUACCAAUAUGAUAGGUACUGCUAUCGGUUGCGCUGCUGGCUCCGGGGGCACCAACGGAUACGCCAUGUUCAUCGUGUCACGGAUUAUUAUCGGCUCAGGUCUUGCUUUCGCCCUCAUGUGCUCUCCGAUCAUGCUUCAAGAGCUUCCCCAUCCGAAGCAUAGAACAUGGAUGGCCGGUUUCUUCGAUGUCGCAUUUAUCAUAGGCAAUUUCACGGCUGCAUGGGUUAACUUUGGAUGUAGUCAUCUCAAGAACAACUGGUCGUGGAGAAUCCCUUAUUUGAUUCAUAUCUGUCCAGCAUUGAUCAUGAUUGUCCUUAUCUCAUUCGUUCCUGAGUCUCCUCGUUGGUUGAUCAAAAAUGGCCGUGAGGAGGAAGCCAAAGCCUUCUUAACCAAGUAUCACGCGAAUGGCAGGGCCGACGAUGAACUAGUUGCAUUCGAGUAUGCAGAAAUUCAAGAAGCACUCCGUAUGGAGAGGGAGACAAAACAGGACACGUGGAAAGCAAUUCUCAGCAGCAAGAGCAGUCGUCAUCGCCUUGGUUGUGUUAUUUUGAUUGCUAUCUGCCAGAAUUUGAGCGGCACGGCUAUCAUCAGCUACUAUUACACUUCGAUUCUCAAGCUUGUCGGGAUUACGGACACCGUCACCCAAACCGGUAUCAACGCUGGACUGACGUCGUUCACUUUCCUUAUGGCCCUAUUUGGUCUUUGGCUCACCCAGCGCGUCAAGCGUCGACCUCAGCUCCUGGGCACAUGGUUUGCCGUCCUCCUUGCAAACAUCGGUCUCACUGCAUGUACCGCCGAGUACACCAAAACCAAAAACAAGGGAGCUGGUAUCGGAGCUGUUGUCUUCGUUUGGUUGUACAACGGCGCUUUCUUCGUGUCCUGCGGUCCCAUUUUCUUCAGUUACCCUGCUGAGGUCCUCCACUAUUCAAUGCGUGGCAAGGGCAUGAUGGUGUGGGCAAUUACUGCGAAAUGUUUGUCCGUCUUCGGCGCGUACACGAACCCGGUUGCCAUGCGUAACAUCGGAUAUAAGUGGUAUACGUUCUACACCGCAAUCCUUUGCGUCACCGGCGUCUGUAUAUACUUCUUCAUUGUUGAAACCAAGGGCCACACCCUCGAAGAGAUCGGACAGCUCUUUGAUGGUAAACCCCUCGAAACCAGUCUUCAUCCUGAGCUUGCGACCGUCAAGUACAAGAAAGGCGACGCUAUGGUUGACGUCAAGGGCGUUCCCGACGAAGAGAAUUCGCUCGAUCACAAGACUGAGUCUUGAUAGAUAGAUUUUAUGUUACAUUUUUACGAGUCUAUGCCCGCUUAAUUGGAAUCGUACGAGUUAAGUAGUAAUGAUAGAUACAAAGGGAUGAAUUUGAUUUGGAAUAUCUCAGUUUGAC